GUCAGAGAGAGUUUAACAUGACUUCCUUUACAAAGGCUGAGGAGGUGCUCCAGGACAAUCACCAAACGAAGGCAUACGAGAAUCUACAACACAAUCAGCAAAGGAGAAUGCAGCUUCAGAAUGAUCUUCAAUCACAGCAGCGAAAUCAUCGCCUGAGCAGGGCAGCCUGGCUGCAGGGCUGCUGGUUGGAGAUCAGUGAGCAGGAGCGCAGGGCUCAGAUCAAGAACCAAAAGCUGUUGCAGGACUUUCAGAGAGCACAAGACACGCUCAAUGACAUGGUGGCCCGCACUGAAGCCAUGAACACUAUACGGGUUCAGUAUGAACAGUAUCUGGAAGAGAGCUUCCCACGAUGGCAGCAAAGACUUAAAGACAUAAGAGUUUCUGAAAAGUCAAAGCAGGUACAACAGCACUUAAAGAGCUAUAUUCAGAAGAUGGAAGAGGAAGAAGGUAUCAAGCCUUCACACACCAUGCUAAACACUCAUCAGAAAGUAAAAGACAUCAAGCAACAUUCUGAAAGAUGCGACCAUGAUCCUUACAUUCCACCUACUUGGUUAACUGGCUCACAGCUUUCUAUUUCCGGACUCCCCCAAAACAAUAUCGCAAAGGAUUACAAAAACCUUCAGAACACUCAAGCCUUAAAUCAUCCCUUGCCACCUUACUAUUCUUUAACUGGCGAUAUAGUCCAUCAGUCACAUUCUCCAGUCCAGCAAAAGCCACCAUCAAUGGACCAUCUGUGGGCUGGUAUAAAGCAAGGGUCUACGCUUACAGCUCACUUCACUCCUCCUGCUGCUUCCUGGCCACGACGUCCUCUGCUGAACCCCAUGACGUGGGGUAUGAUGGAUGUACCAGUCCCCAGUGAGGAAACAAUCCAAUGCAGUGAGCCAGACAAGGAAAAGGUGACACAAGCAAAACCAAAACACAGGAGGAAAGGGAAAGGGAGUGAUCGGUCUUCUGAGCUUGACUGUAGACCAGUGCGUCUAUCAAUCAACCAUGAAGAAAGUAGUGAAGGCAGCGCUGUGUCCUCUAAAGUCACAGUUUCUGGGAGAAAGAAAAAAACUGAUGGGACAAAUUCAAACUCUACAGAAAACAGGAAUGAAUCUCAUGGCUCUUCCAUUAUGUCACAAGAUGCUUUAGAUAGUAACUCGGGCCUAAAAAUCAACCACAAACAUCAAAAGCAAUUUAAUAAGUGCAACAGCAAAGAAUCCGUUAUCACAGAGAAGGCUGUUGAUGCAGUAAUGCAAGAUGAAGACGAACAGGAAGAAAGCAAGAGCCAAGAAACUUCUCAGAGUAGUGUCAGCUCUGAAAAGAAAGAUGGAUCUGAAGGACUUAAUGUUAGAGAGGAAGAAGAGUCUAAUGAAGAAGAUGAUGACAGUCAUGAUAUCAUUGUGGCCGAGGAGAAAAUAAGUCACAGACAAGCUAAGGAUGAAGAAGAGGAUGAGGAAAGCACAGAUGGAGAUGAGGAAGCAGGAUUUGAUGAUGAAGCACAGGGAGGCAAUGAAGAAGGGAGUGAGAAAAUGACGGGAAAGAGAGAUGGGACUGAACCCAGUGAUAGAGAAGAGCCAGAAAGGGAAGGCGAUGUUCCAGAUGACAUUCCAGAUAGUGGAGAUGGAGGAGAAACAACGGAGGAAGAGGAGAGAGACAAUAGUUUUCAAAAUACAAAGGAGGCUAGAAAGACUCAAGAAACUGUAGAAGAUGAAAAAGAUAUUCACAAAAGCCUCGAGGAGUCUGAAGAGGAAGAGGUUUACAAUCAAGAAAUAGAAGAUGAUGAAGAAGAAGAUGAUGAGGUUGUGGUUGAGAAAGCAGACCCCUGGUCAAGAGACCCUUUUGAUGAUCAUACAAAAUGCCCUGAGGAUGAUGAGGAUGAUAUUGAAAGUCUUCUCAACCCUGCAUAUCAGUGA